GAAAUGAGGAAAUAAUUAAAUAAAACAAUUAAAGGAAGUGAUGAGAGGAACUAAAAUAGAAUGAUUCAGGCCAAUAUAAGGCAGUUUUCCUUCAGGCUCUGUUACAAGUCCCUGGAAGGCAGCUGGCGUUCGGUGACCAGCAGGCAGCGAGUCCAGGCCCGUGGGACCAUGUGGCUGCCGUCAGCUCUGCUCCUUCUCAGCCUCCCAGGUUGUUUCUCCAUCCAUGGUCCAAAGACAGUAAGCGGCCCACUGAGGGGCUCCGUGACCCUGCAGUGUCACUAUGACCCAGGCUGGGAGCCCUACAGGAAGUGGUGGUGUCAAGGAGCUGAUUGGGGUGAGUGCGACAUCCUCAUCAUAACCACAGGAACAGAGGAAGAGGUGAAGAAGGGCCGCGUAUCCAUCAAGGACAACCACAAAAACCGCGCGUUCACCGUGACCAUGGAGGGUCUCAGCGGAAAAGAUGCUGACACUUACUGGUGUGGGAUUGAGCGACUUGGAACUGACCGUGGAUUCCAAGUUAAAGUGGCCGUUGACCCAGCGGUGAGUCCAGUAAACCCGGCGUCCAGUGUGGCUUCCUUGCCUUCAACCUCCAGGAGGUCAAACAGCAGCAAAUGGAUGACUUCCACCAGACCCCCGACCAGGUCUCCAAGCAAGACUUCAUCCAGAAGCCACAAUCCCAUGUCUGCUGGGCAGUGUCCGCAGGGGCGGCGGGCAGACAAUGGGAAGUGUGAGGGUGGGUCACAGUUGUCUCCGACUAGUGGAGCUGCAUCCAAAGAGCGAGGGGGGCACGUCAUUGCAUUUUUUCUCUCUUUACUGUCCCUCUGCUUGGCCCUGGGUGGUGACCCCGUUGCAGGAAGUCCCAAUUUGUAACCAAAGGAGCAGCCUCUGGAAGCUGGAAACAAGGCUGCUCUAGAAAGGGAUUCUAGAACCCCCAGGUUCACCCCCAGACUGUGUGUGCCUGGAUCUGACCCUGAAGAGGAUACUCAAGGCUUUGAGAACUUUGGGGAAGACCAGAGCCCUGGACACACUGGCUUUGAGGUAGGGGGAGGGAGCAGGCACACCUGGGGCUCCACUCCUUCUCACGCUCCCAGGAUGCAAAGGUUUUGAAAACUGAACUAAUGUUGGAACCACAGUGCACCUAACCAGCUCAACUACCUGCUACUAAAAAAAUUAAAUUCCUAGUUAAAGACCUGUUUUGGGGAGGUGAUGGAACGGCGUUAUAAAUUUGUGCUGGUGGUUACAUGAAUUGAUGCAUGCAUUAAAACUUACAGAACUGUGCACAAAGCAAAUUAUACUGUAUGUAAAAA